AUGCCGCGUCAACUACCUUGGGCGAAGAAGAGUGGCGGAAGUCGGGCACAAACCAAACCAGCAUCAUCGCGGCAAACGACAAAGUCACAUAAUGCGACUGAUACAGAUGACGGUUUCUUCGACGACACGGUUCUGGCAAGCAGAACAGGAAGAUCAGAUGAGUCGGACGACGACCUUCCCGGACUUCCAGCAGAACCAUCAACUCCCCGAACUAAAGCCAGGGCCAAAGACGCACUGCGCAAGAAACGUGAAGGCUCAUCGUCUCCGCCUCCAGUUGACAACCUCGAGCAGCCAUUUGUGGAAGGCAUGCAUAGAGCUGCAUCUAAGUUCGAUUUGCGCGACGAUGAAUGGAUGAUGGUCGAAGAUGAGUUUCUGGAGACGGCAAAGCUAUUCACGCGACACUUGCAUAUCGCCGAAUACGAGAGGCUCAAAACGACCAUCGAAGAGAAGAAAAAAGAAGCGGCCGACAUUGCAAGACCAGUUGUUGCGAAUGCAAAAAGGUCGACUACUGGCGCUAUGAAAGAGAAGGCCAGGGUUCAAGAAUUGAAGCAGAAGAAGGCCAUUCGUGAUGUGUUUGCGUCGAAGGGAGAAGAAGAGGACAACAAGGAAGAGCAGACCAUGCCAUCUAGUCGAAGCAACCUUGUGUCUACAUUUAGGUCCUUGUCGAACAAUGCUACGAUCGCAUGUAAAGGAACACCCGGGAGAUUUGCAGCACAAGAUAGCGAUAACGACAGCGAUGAUUUAGAUGCACCGCGCCUCUCAGCUAAGCCACCAUCCAGAGCCACCACCACGCCGACCCUAGCCCGAAGGGGCAGCAUAGUGGGAGGGCAAGAUUCUGCCUCGUCUCCUGCACCUGAUCCGAGGCCACCCAACGCUACCUUCGCUAAGCCUGCGCCACCUAAAGCCGUAGCAAAACCUCGCUCAAGAUUGGGUCGCGCAACGCCCUUCGAUAUGCUUGAUGACUGGGAUCUGAAGAGUACAGCAUCGUCACAGUCUUUGCUAGAGCAGCCUGCUAAGACACAAAACACAUCGCGCGCACCACGUCUUAGCGGACACUCACAGUCACCUGCUUCUCUCAACGAUAGAGGCGAUGCUAAGGUGAGACGAUCGACUAUUUCGUUCGACGAAGACGUACCUAUCAGGAAUCACAGCAGUAAUGAUAUUGGCGGUGUCAGCAAGCAAACCACGGAUCGCCUUGCAAAACGAAAAGCUCAGCGGGAGAAAGAUGAGAAAGAGAGGAAGCAGAAAGCUGCAAAGUUGGAUGACAUACCCACGUUUUUGUUCUGA